GGUGGGGGGGGUGGUGGUGUGUGUGUGGGGAGGGGGUAAAUAAAUAAGAGGUACAUGCUAUUGAUGUGUUAAAGCGCUCUGGGACAUUAUUCCGCAUGAGGGGCACGAUAUAAGUGCAAGUUGUUAAAGACAUUUCAUGUCUUUCCUGAUCUCAUUGCUGAACUUAGCAUCACACAUACUUGCGAUUAAAAUGGGCUGAAGUGUUUCGGUUGAGGGCUUGAGUCAUCGCAGAGGGUUGAUGCGAGGAUCCUUAACAUUUUACUGCCAGCUGUGGCGGCACAGAGCAAGCUCCAGGCGGGGGGAUGUUUCACAGUUUUGCACGGUUAACAUUAAGUUGGAUCCUUCCCAGCAAAAGAAACGAAAAGCAGUGUUUAUCGUGUGCGCUGCUUUGCAUCAGCGUUCGAGAAAAAAUUGCAAGUUUAAACCAGGAGUUGUGGCAUCCAUCCUCCCAGGAAACCAGAAACUCGGCAAUUAGAAAAAAAAGUUAAUUGAUGAAUUAAAGACUUCGAAUUCAGCAUGUGUUCGGCCAGUUAUUCAAACUGGGUCACUUUCGAUGAUGAUCACAGUUUCCAGUCACCGAAAGGAUCCUUGGACUCAGACGGUGGGAAUCACUGUGUGUUCAAACCCAAUUGCCUGAAGUUGAAUCUCACAUCUGGACACAAUAUGUCCAAGAGGUCAGCCUCUGGCAGUGGAACUCCUCUUUCUUCACCCAUCACCAGCUUCCCUUGCACCCCAAACUCCGCACUUCACACGCCAACUACUCCAAGUCCAUCUUGGGAUAACUGUUUCUUUAAGAUCGAGGAUCUGUCGCCAAGCAAUCAGCUGAGGUCCUACAGUAAUGAGAAUGGAUACACCAACCCAUUCUGGAGUCCGCACGGCAUUUCACAGACUGUUCGUUCACACUGCGCGCAGCAAUGGGGCCAGUCCGGCAAUCCCUCAGUUACUGAUGCCACCAGUAAUCUUUUUCAUGGUUACCAACUGGCCAAAGAGACAGGAGAGAAUCAUGUCAAUCACAGUCAUUCUCCUCCAACUGACAUUUGCAAAAAGCUUGAAAAGAUACAGUCGUCUGCCUUGCGACCGUCACUGAGUUCAUCUCCAGACAGUAAAGGUCUUAAAACCGUGGCAAACUCGCCCAUUGCCAAGAGUCUCCUCAGAAUCGGGUGGAAGGACGGCUGGCCUCUAAUGAUGAGGAUUCCUGAGAAGAAGAAUAUGAUGUCCUCUCGCCAAUGGGGCCCGAUCUACCUGAAGCUGCUGCCUGGUGGCACCUUGCAAUUGUACUACGAAAAGGGACUGGAGAAACCCUUCAGAGAGCUCCGGCUACAGCCCUACUUCAGGCUCUCCGAAGCCAGGCUGGAGAACUACAAGGAGUCCGGCAAGAUCCACACAGUGAAGAUUGAGCGCGUGUCCUACACGGAGAAACGUAAGUACCACCCGAAGACGGAUAUUCUGCACGAGGCGGAGGUCGAGCAGGUGCUGAAGCUGGGGACAACUGACUACAAGGACUUCACUGACUUCGUUGCCGCCAUUGAGGAGGGGCUCAUGAAGCUCCCUCCCCCUGGCCAGCGCAGGAGCAACUACGAGGAGCAGGAGAUGGAGCUCGAAAUAAUCGAUCGCUUCAGGGGGAAGUUCACAAGAGAGGGUAAAGUGUUGGAGACCUCGGUGAUCACUCACAUUCACUGCCUGUGCUUCGUCAACGGAGGCACGAGAUGCUUUUUGGCCUUGAAUGAUCUGCAGUUCCAGAGCGAGGAGAGGGAGCCAGGCGACAGAUGGAUCGAGAUUCAUGACCAUGUCUUCCACAAAUGCGUGAGGGACCAGGAGUUUGAGAAAUCUCGGAUCAUUAAGUUCACCCCUCCGGAUGCCUGCAGAGUGGAACUGAUGCGCUACAGGACAGUCUGCAACGCCCCCGAGCUCCCCUUUUCCUUAAAGGGUCUUGUGACAGUCCACGGAGCGUACACAGAACUACAAGCCUUUUUGGUCAUGUCCCCUGCUUACUCUUGCCCCCAGAACGUAGUCGCUCCCAUCCACUGCGAAAAUGUGAUGAUACGCUUUCCUGUUCCCACCGACUGGGUCAAAAUAUUCCGCACCGUGAAUCUCUUCCGGCAGAAGUCUUUGAAAGCCAAAACAAAUCGCAAUGUCCGUCUUGGUUCCAUUAGCUCGACGGGUUGCGAGCCGGUGAUGCAAGUCACCAUUGGCACUGCCAAAUACGAGCAUGCCUUCAGGGCCAUUGUGUGGAGGAUUGACAGGUUGCCGGAUAAGAAUGCAGCCUCCGAUCACCCACACUGCUUUUCUUGCAAACUUGAGCUGGGUUCGGAUCAGGAGAUACCCUCCGAGUGGCAGCCCUUUGUCAACGUGGAGUUUGAGGUGCCGGACACAUCAGCUUCCCGGACAAAAGUGCGCUCUAUGGGGACUGAAAGUGACAUCCAGCCUGAGAAGCGCCUUCACCUCAAAGCUCAUUAUCACUGUCAGCCCAGAUUCUAUCAAUCUGUUAUUGAAGAUGUCAUCAGCAAUUUACAGGAUGUUUUUGUAGAAGAGGGAAUCGAUGAUCAGAUUCUUAAGGACCUAAAACAACUUUGGGAGAAUAAAAUACUCCAUUCCAAAGCUGUGGAAGGCUUGGAUAGUGAGAAUAAUCACCAAAAGAUCAUGUUAGAUCUUCAGAAGCAAAACACUCAUCAGACUGUGCACACAUUAACAGCUUCCAUUGUAGUACCAGCUGGUAGAAGUAUGCAGAAUUUUACAACAGCGGAGAUGAGCACUUCAGGAACUGCAACCACUCUGACCUUGCCUUCUGGAAUCAGUCUUCCCAUCCAGGUCCCUGCUGGAGUCACUUUGCAAACUGCUUCAGGUCUUAUGUACAAAGUCAAUGUCCCAGUGAUGGUAACUCAAAGCGCUGGAGGUCAAAAAUAUUUCCAGCAGCCUGUUCAUCAUAUCAUUCAUCAAGUCACCCCAGUUGCAGGGCAGACAUCACUUUUGCAGCAGAGCACAGUGUCUGGUCAAACUGCUGCUGUUCAGAAGCCUUCCCAUGACCAAGCAGCUACGAUCCAACAAUCUAGUUCAGGUCAGGUUUCUUCACAACAGCAGCUAAUGACAAACCAAUCAUUUGAUGUAGUUGGUCAGUCCAUUUUCCAGCAGCCUGGCAUGUCGACACAACUGUACAUUCAACAGGCAGGUGCUGUAAAGCAGGUAGUCUUUCAACAACACCCUGGGAUGAAAGUGCAGAUGAGGCCACCCACUGUUCAGAACCAGCCAGUUGGAACCCAAGGAACAGUUACUCAGCAACAACAGCGAGUUCCUACACAACCAAGUGGCCCGGGGCAGGCUGUGCAUGAGCAAAUGGCUAUAGGGCAAACUCAGCAGCCGGUAACUUCAGAUUUGGACAGAAUUACAUCAGGACAGCCACUUGCACAAAAUCAAGCAUCUGAACAGAAAGAGGGUGUAAACGUCUAUGUUCCUGAGCAACGUGUCAUCCAACAGCUUCCCCCCCAGGUGAAUGAGACUUUGCUGAUGGUUACAGCAGAUCCAGAGGAGGAGGAACAUGUGUCACCCAUUCCCCAGAUGGAUGGCACCAAUGACACUUCCUCUGAUGAAGAAAUUGGUAACCUGCGGGAUGUGGAGGACACUGACAUACUAGGAAUUAUUGAUGUCGAAGACCUUAAGGCUCUUGAAAGUUAUGACGAUGACAGUUCUAGUGAUAACUCCUUGAGAGACGGUCACAACGAAGAACAUCACGAAGAAGUUGAAGAAGAUCCUUUGAAUUCGGAAGACGAUGUAAGUGAACAGGAGAUCCCUGAUCUGUUUGAGACUGAUAAUGUAAUUGUUUGCCAGUAUGACAAGAUUCACAGAAAUAAAAACAGGUGGAAAUUUUACCUUAAAGAUGGAAUAAUGACCUUCAAUGGGAGGGAUUAUGUAUUCUCCAAAGCUGUCGGUGAUGCAGAGUGGUGAAAAGAAAAUGAAACCGCUCGACUAAAUGAGGUUGACUCAUUGCACGGGAUAUGUAUGUACGGCUUGUUUUCUUCACUUUGUGGAAAAUGGUGGCAUCAAUUUGUGCUUCGUUUUCAUUGUCAUUUGAAAUCCUGAUGCUAAAUUUGAUCGGGAGCUGUUGUGAUGAACGUAUAGUACUUUCAAAACAGGGAUACACAGUUGGUUGAAAGGUGCAAUGUUUAAAAAAUAACUUGAGUGCAGAAAAAAGAGGCACUUGUAUAAUGUUUUGCAGAAGGGAAAAAACUAAAGCCAUUUAAAUGUUGUAAAUGGGAAGUGCACUGUACCACAUACUGUGUAGUAUGAAAUAAAUGAAAGUAUAAACAACAUGUGCCUUUUUGUACUGUAUACUAAAGAAAACAGAGAAUACACAAUGUUUAAUUAGAUCAAUUCCUGAUAGAUUAACUUCUAAUACUUGAUAGGUAACCAGAUCAAGUCCCAUGAUCAUACUAUCUUUUCAGAAUCUUUGCAUUUGACAUCUUUUUACGUUGUCGAGAUGUCUCAAAAUGCUGAUCCAGUACUCCACUG